CCCAUGAGGGAAUGCCCUCACACCGUCUAAACAAAUGUGCCUUUCUUGUCGGCCGAAGCAGCCUAAAGCCACGAAAAGCGAGUCGUUAAGCGAACGGAUAGGGGUUUCCGGCCGCUGCUAAUGGAUGAAGGCCACAAUGUUGAUGCUGGCUGGAAUCGUUCUUCUACACAUUACCACCAUCAUCCUGCUUCUGGUGGCCACCAUUGACAAUGCCUGGUGGAUCACUGAUUCAGCGUCAACUGACUUGUGGGGCAGGUGGGAGUUGACGAACUCAGUCUGGCAUUACACCAACCUGAAAAACUACCCAGAAGAGUAUCUCCAGACGGUGCAGGCCACCUCAGUGCUGGCCUGUAUUUUUGCCAUCCUGGCUUUGUUUGUGUUUUUGGCCCAGCUGUUCACCCUGCCCAAAGGCCAGAGGUUCACCUUCACUGGCAUUUUACAGCUAAUCGCCUGCCUGUGUAUAAUGAUAGCAGCCUCGAUCUACACGGCUGAGCUUCACAGCAAUGAGACAGUGGGAGGGUACGGACACUCCUAUGUCCUUGCCUGGAUCUCUUUUGUCCUCACCUUCCUCUUAGCAAUCACCUACCUCGUCCUGAGGAAGAAGAUUGGCUGCUAUCCUAAGAAAAGUACAUGCAAUUUGUACAAGUGAACAUAAAGUGAACCAGGGAUGGAGGACAAUGGUGUUUCAUUUCACCAAGUUACAGAACUAUACAAUAG